AUGUGUAAAAGCCUUCCCUACACCAGAUUUUCCAUCAUGGACGCUAUAGGUUUUAAGGGCGGAAUAUGGAUCUUGUGGGAUGACCAUGAAGUGCACUUGGAUAUCCUUCAAAAGACUGAGCAGGAAAUCCAUGCUCUAGUCAAGGUACUGCCCUCUUCCCCCUCCUGGCUUUUAAGUGCAAUAUACGCUAGUCCUAAUCUUGAAUGUAGAAAAAUAUUGUGGAACAACCUAUGCUCUGUUGUUAGUACUUUUUCCUUUCCUUGGCUCUGUAUUGGGGACUUCAACGAAGUCCUAAACUCUUCUGAAAAAUUUGGGGGGAAAGGGGUUAAUUCAAAAAGAAUCUCUCUGUUUAGAGACUGCAUCAACAGCUGUGGCCUCAUGGACUUGGGCUUUGUUGGGGCUAAGUUCACUUGGCUUAACAAAAGAUAUGAUGGGGGAUUAAUUUAUGAAACAAUUGAUAGGGCCCUUUGUAACACGGAGUGGAGAACCCUUUACCCUGAAGCCUCUGUUUACCAUCUGGUUAGAACACGUUCUGACCACUGUCCUAUCCUUGUUAAACUGCACAAUGCUACCCCUCCUCGAAAUCUGAGACCUUUUAGAUUUGAAAAAUUCUGGUUUUCUAACCCCCACCUUGGAGGACAUUGUUCUCUCUUUCUGGACAAACUCAACUGA